GUGGCGUUGUUAUGAGGUCACCUGCUAUAACUGUGCUAAUGGGGAUCUCGCAGGCUCUCUCGUUCCCCUGGUUCUAUUGCUGGCCUUUUCCUCGGGGUCCUCGGAGCUAUUGCUUUCGCUGUUCUCUGGCUUUUCUGUGCUCGUCGUCGACAGCGCAAGCUGUCAUCUCGUGAUGCGAGCGCUAUUCCUCCAUGGGCGCCUGGCGGCCCACUUGAAGCCGAAGUAGACAUGGAGGAGCGUUAUGGUGGAAUUAUCGCAGCUCUCAAUGAGGGCAUGGGUGCGGGAAGGAAUGUUCGAAUUGAAGGGGACACGAGUGGAGAAGUGUCGGGAGAACUGGUAACUGGGCGCGCUUCGUCCCCUAAUCUGCCUCCAUAUUCACUUGGAGAGGAUGACGACGGUCCGCAUGUCUUCCCAUUAUCUCCGCCUCCAUCUGCAUACUCCGCUCCCCCGCCACCGUCCGCGUAUGUCCCGCAUACCGCUAAUAGUUCCCGAAGAAGAAGUUCGCCUGGGCCCGAUGCUUCCGCAUGGUUUGGGGGGUAUAGUGUUGCUCCUGCUCCUUCGGCUGCAUCGCAUUACUCCCAUUCUUCCACCCACUUCCUUACCAGAACCGAAACCGGAACUAGGACGAGGACUGGAAGCGAGGAGCCGCUCUUGACGAGAGCCGGAAGCAGAUCUUCUUAUCUAGAUUCUGGCAACAAAGUCAGGCUAGGGUCAGCAUUUGGUUCGCCUGAAGGAAGCAUGAAUGGUCAUAACCUUUCACCUACGUCACAGUCCUCUGGCAUGCUGAGUGCGACCGCUUCAUUCGACGUUCUGCGGAGUAUUUCGUCUCAGGGUGCACUGCGGAGCACGUCUUCGCAUGGGUAUGGGCGUGGGUUUGGGAGUACCUCGUCCGGUGCCGACUCACAUCAGGGACCUGCGCUAGGGCUUGCGAUUAGUGCAGCUCCAACUAGUUACCAGAACAGGCGUGUUACGAUAUGGAAGAAGGGGAAGCGAGAAAGCACUGGAAGCAGCACUACUGCAUCCGCGUCUUUAUCCGGCUCUGUGGACGAGAGACCUGCUGGCGUACGAGCUUUCCUUGGUCGUCUCAGACGGGGCAAUACCCCGAGCCCAAAAGCAGGUUCUUCAAGAGAAUUACCUAAAGACAUAGAGAGCGAGGGAGCUGCUGAGAAGAUAAAUGCUUACGGCCCAGAUAUCUUCUCAGCCUUUGUCUCCCCUGCCACUCCCGAACCUGCAUCCCUGUCAACAUCCCCGCGAUUUGUGCUUUCUAACCCCGACCCAUGGCUUUCCUCGCCGUAUGUUCAUGCCGACGUGGCGGAACAUGAGGAUGGCUUGCAGCCACCCUCGUGGCCAUGGCUUAGUGUGCCGUCAACCUCCUCUCCUGUGUCCGCCGACGAGUCACGCCUUACUACGGCUGACGGACUUCUUGAUCCUCGCCUGCGUGACUCUUGCGAAGGAAGGAGCAACUCAAGUUUACGGGAUUUUGAAGAUUACUCCCGGCCAAUUGGAGGUCUCAUCAAUAACCGACUGCAUAGUACCACAACAUUUGGCACUAUUGAUACCCAUGAAUUCGACAAUGGAACAAGCGUACAAAAUCGAGCGGACGACCAGCAAGAGGACGCUUAUGCGACAAUGACUCAGACACCCCGUGCAAGCUGGAUCAUAGAUGGUGGCGCGGAUGUCCACGCGCAUGACGAACGAAUCUGAAUUUUUACCAUGGCUUGGAUACGACUUUUUAACACCUCUUUCUUUGCCGAGAUGUUUAUGAAAUGACAGGGCGCCUUCGCUUUGCCAAGAUACGUGCGACACGCAAUGCACA